AUGCCUGCCAAUCUCACAGUGCAGCCAUCGUUCGAGGAUGUUACAAGCAUCGUGGAAGCUGGACGGAAGCUCAGCAAUGCUCCAAACCUCAUACCAGUCACGGCAUCCAUCUCGUCGGAAUUCUUGACUCCGUCUAGUAUCUAUCUGAAGAUUGCCGCCCACUCCACCUCCAACCUCUCCUUCCUCUUUGAAUCCGCCGCCACGACCGAGACAAUCGGCCGCUACAGCUUCGUCGGCGCCGACCCACGCGAGACCCUCACAUCCGGUCCCAGCCAUGGCUUCGAAGGCGAUCCUCUGCCUCGUCUCGACGAGCAACUAUCCAAGUAUCGAGUAGCAGAAAUUCCAUCCCUACGUCUCCCACCCAUGACUGGAGGAGCCAUAGGCUAUGUCGGCUACGAUUGCGUCAUGUACUUCGAGCCCAAGACCAAGAGACCGAUGAAAGAUGUUCUAGAGGUACCGGAGAGCCUGUUUAUGCUAUAUGAUACGAUUGUCGCGGUGGAUCAUUUCUUCCAGAAGGUCAUGGUUAUAACAUACCUCCACGUUCCUGGGAAGGACGAGGAUGCAGGGAAGGACGCGCUGGCCCAAGCAUACGAAGCCUGCCGAAAAACAAUCGCCAACAUCUUGAAGAUUCUAAAGCAAACCGACGUCCCCCUCCCACCCCAAGGCUCCGUAAAUCUCGAUCAACAAUACACCUCCAACAUCGGCCGCCCAGGCUACGAAGCCCACGUCACGAAACUAAAACAACACAUCGUCGCCGGCGACAUCAUCCAAGCCGUUCCCAGCCAACGCAUCGCACGCCCCACGGACCUCCAUCCGUUCAACAUCUACCGCCAUCUCAGAACAGUAAACCCCAGCCCUUACCUCUUCUACCUCGACUGCGCCGGCUUCCAAAUCGUCGGCGCCAGCCCCGAACUCCUCGUCAAAGCCGAGCCCACUCCCGGCGGCAAAACGAGGAUAAUCAACCAUCCUAUCGCUGGGACUGUGAAGAGGGGUGCGACGCCCGCCCAAGACGCGGAGCUAGCGGCUACCCUUCGCGCUUCGUUGAAGGAUCGAGCGGAACACGUCAUGCUGGUUGACUUGGCCCGGAACGAUGUCAAUCGGGUGUGUGAUCCGUUGACCACGAAAGUGGAGAAGUUGAUGGUGGUGCAGCGGUUUUCGCAUGUGCAGCACUUGGUUUCGGAAGUCAGUGGGAUGUUGAGGGAGGGGAAGACGAGGUUCGAUGCUUUCCGGUCGAUUUUUCCUGCUGGGACGGUGUCGGGGGCGCCGAAGGUGAGGGCGAUGGAAUUGAUUGCUGAGUUGGAGGAGGAGAAACGGGGGGUUUAUGCUGGGGCGGUGGGAUAUUUCGGUUUUAAUACAGUCAAUGUGCAUGAGACAACCAGCUCAUCUGAUCAUACAGAGAUGGUGAGAGGGGUGGAGACGGAGGGCGCGAUGGAUACGUGUAUUGCUCUGCGCACGAUGCUUGUUAAGCAAGGGGUGGCGUAUUUGCAAGCGGGGGGCGGGAUCGUAUUUGAUAGUGAUGAGGGGGAGGAGUAUGAGGAGACGAUGAAUAAGGCGGCGGCGAAUAUGCGGUGUAUUGAGCAGGCGGAACAGUUGCAUUGGGAGGAGCAGCGGGAGGAGGGGAGGUUGGAUGAUGGUGGGGUGGUCGAUGGGGAGGGGAAGGAGAAGGGGACGGGUCAGGUGGCGGUGGAAGGGAAGGGAGUGGUGGGGAAGGGGAAGGUGAGGGUAGGAGACUGA